CUGGGCUCACGUGGGUACCGGCAUCGCCUUUCCGCAGGAGAGGCUGGAGCAUCCCAGCCCUGCCCGGGAGAGGGGAAGGGGCAGCGCGGCCGGGCAGCCCCCGCCUGGCACGGCCGAGGGAGGAGCCGAUGCCAACAGGGGGACCGGGGUCCCCUUCACGCCGCGGGAGGAUGAGGAUGAUGCAGAAGCCGGAUCCUCAUAGCGUGGGAAAGGCUCGAGCUGCCGGCGCCGGAUCCGGGGAUUUGCGCUGCUAAUCUGAUUAGUGUAUGAUGGACGUGUCCAGUUGGAAGGAGAUGGAGGUGGCACUAGUCAGUUUUGACAACGCCGACCAGAUCGUGGAGGAUCCCUGUUAUUCAAACGACCUCAGCCCCGCCGGGCAGUCGCGCAAGGGCCACCCCAGCUGCGCCAACCUGCUCUCCAACCUGCGCAUCCUCAUCAACAGCGAGAACGCCAACAAUGAGACCAUCUUCUCCAGGUUCUCCGCCGAGUUCAGCGACCACCUGGUGGGGGAGAGGGUGGGCAUGGAUGAGGGGGACCAGCGAGUCAUCAUCAACAUUGCCGGGCUGAGGUUUGAGACGCGGCUCAAGACCCUCGACCAGUUCCCCGAGACCUUGCUGGGGGACCCGGAGAAGAGGAUGCGCUACUUCGACUCCAUGAGGAACGAGUACUUCUUCGACAGGAACAGGCCCAGUUUUGAUGGGAUCCUGUACUAUUACCAGUCCGGCGGCAAAAUACGGCGCCCGGCCAACGUCCCCAUCGACGUCUUUGCUGAUGAAAUCACCUUCUACGAGCUGGGGGAUGAGGCCAUGGACCAGUUCAGGGAGGAUGAAGGGUUCAUCAAGGAUCCUGAGACCCUCUUACCAACCAAUGACUUUCACAGGCAAUUCUGGCUGCUCUUUGAGUACCCCGAAAGCUCCAGCGCAGCCCGGGGCGUAGCUUUGGUCUCCGUCCUGGUUAUCGUCAUCUCCAUCAUCAUCUUCUGCAUGGAGACCCUGCCGGAGUUCCGGGAGGAGAGGGAGUUCAAGUCUGCCCAGGAGCUUUCUAGGAACGUGACGGACACCUUGCUGGCCCACAGCACCUUCACGGACCCUUUCUUCGUCAUAGAGACCGCCUGCAUCGUCUGGUUCUCCUUCGAGCUCUUCGUGCGCUUCAUCGUGUGCCCCAGCAAGACCGAGUUCUUCAGGAACAUCAUGAACAUCAUCGACAUCGUGUCCAUCAUCCCCUACUUCGUGACGCUCACCACCGAGCUGAUCCAGCAGAGCGAGCUCAACGGGCAGCAGAACAUGUCCCUGGCCAUCCUGCGGAUCAUCCGCCUGGUGCGGGUCUUCCGCAUCUUCAAGCUCUCCCGCCACUCCAAGGGGCUGCAGAUCCUGGGCCAGACCCUCAAGGCCAGCAUGCGGGAGCUGGGCCUGCUCAUCUUCUUCCUCUUCAUCGGCGUCAUCCUCUUCUCCAGCGCCGUGUACUUCGCGGAGGUGGACGAGCCGCAGUCCCACUUCUCCAGCAUCCCCGACGGGUUCUGGUGGGCCGUGGUGACCAUGACCACGGUGGGCUACGGCGACAUGUGCCCCACCACGCUGGGCGGCAAGAUCGUGGGCACCCUGUGCGCCAUCGCGGGCGUGCUGACCAUCGCCCUCCCGGUGCCCGUCAUCGUCUCGAACUUCAACUAUUUCUACCACCGCGAGACGGAGAACGAGGAGAAGCAGAUGCUGCCCGGGGAGGUGGAGCGGCUCCUGGCCAGCGUGGCCACGGCGGGCAGCGGCAGCAUGGAGUCCCUCAACAAGACCAACGGGGGUUACCCUCGAGACAAGGCCAAAAAAUGACGCCCGAGGCCGUGACGGGACUGGGCCCUGUCAGGUGGCGUUAACAGGAGAAAGGUAUCCAAACAUCUGCACGCUCUGAUUUGAUUUAUUUAUUUAUUUUUUAAAAUCAAAUAUGCUGCUGCUUUUUUUUUCUUUCUUGUUUUUUUCUUUCUUUUUUUUCUUUCUUUUUUUUUCUUUCUUUUUUUUUUUUCUUCCUUUUUUUUUUUUUAUUAGACAUUUUUCAAUCUCUUGAUUUCCUGCGGCUGUUCAAAUAAAUACCAUCUUUCUUAUCUCUCUGCCCUGCCCAUCGACCUGGUGGUAUUUUUUUUUUUUUUAUUUGAUGCUCAUCUGCUUUUACAUUUCUUGUCCCCUGUCCGUGUGUUAAAGUGGAAUUCCCCCACAGUCAGAGAUUUCCCCCGUUUACUGGAGAGGAAAAAAGGGCAAAAUGACAUGAAAUGCUUUGCUUGGUGGCACCCAACUGUCCAGGGAUGAAGGUGGGUCCAGCUCCCUGUUUCUUUAAUCCAUGUAAAUAGUCCCUCCUCCACGCACCACUUCAGAUCUGGGGGGGUCUGACCGAAUUCCCAGACCUGGGACUGCUCUGCCUGAAAAAGAAGCCGGCAAAAAGAAAUUAGAAGGGAUAUUUUUAGCUGGCUGAGUUCCCCUGGUCUGCCUGACUAAUUAACUUUGCUGGGCACAGCAGUGAUGGAUGGGCCCAAGCCAGCAGGUGAGGGGAUUAGAAGGGCAGGGAUGGUGACCAGGAAUGGUGGCACAGCCACGAGGAACAUCCAGGACACCGGGGGUUGUGACGGAAAACCGAGCUCUGAGAGAGGUAACGGGAUUUCCCCUGCAACAAAAUGGCCUUUCUCCUGCAGCAAAUGCUCAGUUUGGGGGUUACCUGAUGUACAGGCACGUUUGGGGACGAGCCACCGUGGCCCUGUAGUCCUUAUUGCCACUUCUGUUCGCCGCAAAAGCGGCCCAGAGAAAAUCCACGGGGAAAACAAGGCCCGAUUGCUUCCCUUGUUGUGAAAAGGCACUUCUGGUUUGCUUAAACCCUGCAAAUCUCCACUGGCACUGCGAGGGGAGAAGCCAGCAGCAGCUCAUUUUGCCUUUCUCUCCAGUGCCAGCAGGUUUUCUUCUGACAAAGACAUUUUGUUGCCACUUCACUGCCUCACUCAGCUGGUUUUAUUUUUUUUUUUUGGACGUCUCCGCCUUCAUCAAAUCACAGUUUCUUCUUCUCCCAUCCGCUGUUAUCCCACAUCUGCUCCCUUUGGUGUCUCAUCUCCUGAACAUUCCACCACCCCUGCUUUGCAGCUUCGCUCAGGAAGCACUGGGGAAACAGGGAUUGGCUUUUGUUAUCCUGGUGUGAUGGGAAAUGCGAGUUUGGGCUUGCUGGGAUUCCCCCCCCUCCCUGUGGCAGAAAUCCCACAGCUCUGAUUGCAGGGGUGGUUGUUGUUGUUGGUUUGGUUUUGGGGGUUUGUUUGUUGGGGUUUUUUUGGUGCACUGUCUUUCUGCAAUAAAGGUGUUUCGCAUCCCAGGGGAUGGAUCAGAGACACACAAGCACAAAUCCUCUUCCAUUUGGGACAAAUCCCCCUUUUCAUCUGCCCUCCCUGGUUGUUUUUUUUUCCCUCCCCUCCACUAUCCUUUUCUUUCCUCCAUCCCUUACAAACUCCCUACAGUCAUCUCAGACAGGAGAAGCUGUGAGGGAUGUUGGAUUUCCUUCCCACUGUGUCCAAAUUCUGCUCAUCUGUGGGGAUGAUUGGAGGAGGCACAGCUGGGAACAGCUGGGAACAUCCCCAGCUCCUCCCCGUUUAUCGCUCAGUUCUCUCCAUCAGAUCAUCCACAUCCCUAUUUUCCUUUCACAACAGCCUCUCUUUUCCUUUUCCUCUGGAAAACUUAAAACUUUUUACCUUCUUUUAACGUUUUUCAUGCUCCCCCCUCGCCCAGAUUCUCUCCCAGCCCCUCGAACCUGAAGCACUUUUGUUGAUUAUUCCUUGGGAAAUACUCGGCCAUGAGCUCAUCCCUCCUUCUGCUCCCUCAGCAAACACGGACCACAAUGGUGCUGGGAUGGAUGGGUGGGUGGGUGGAUGGAUGGAAGGAUGAACAACCUGAUUCUUAUUGACUUGUAAACUUUAUCCUCAAAUAAAGGAAUAAAUGCUUCAAAGUCUGGCAUGCAGGAAACAUUGUUUA